GCACUCAUGGUGCAGUUGGCGGGGCCAGCCCGCCAGUGCUGCGGCUUGGGAGAGAGCGCGCUUGCCUUUCCAAGGGCGGAAAAUAAACACGGCAGCUCACAGCAGCAGCAGCUCCGCAGGAGGACCGGCACCCUGGCCAUGCUCUGAUGGGUACCAUGGACUUUAAGACAGAUCCCAGUGCAGUAACGAUCAAUUUGCUGCUUAUUGUCCACCCUGAGGAGACAGCAAGCAAGCAGAAAGGGCAGAGAGAGAGGCAGACAGAAGAGAGCCGAAGCGCAGGUUUGCAGGAUGAUGGAAAUGGAAACUGCAGAUCACAGCCACCUCAGGGGAAAGACCUUAACGGCCAGCGAGGCUCCAGGGAGCCCUGCAAGCAGACACAAGCCGUUACUUCUUACUCUAACGAAGGAACCCAAGUGACAGUGGAGAUUCAUCCCAAGGAUACCACCCCACAACUCUUCAAGAAACUCUCCUUUGGAAAAGGUCCCCGGAGGCUACCCAGCCUGAGAGGCCAGGACAACAAAGGUUUCCAGAGGACCGAAGCCCCACGGCCGCCAGGAGGAAAAGACCUGCACACAUAUCCAUGGGACAAAUCCUCUUUGAAAUCCAUGCCAGUAGAUCUGCAGCAAUUUGAGAAGCUGGAUGCCUAUGCAUUAAAAGUAAACGUCAAGAACAGCGUAGAGGAACUUGUUAAAGCCCUGCUUAAACAAGCCCGGACUGAUCUGGAGAAAGUCCGAGCCAUAUGGAUGUGGAUAUGCCAUCACAUAGAAUACGACGUAGUGGGCUACCAUAACAAAAGCCAGCUGUCGAGCAAACCCAUAGAUGUGCUUCAGACGGGGAAGAGCAUUUGUGAGGGAUACGCUGGGCUCUUUGAACAAAUGUGCAGUAUUGCAGGAAUCCAGUGCAUGAAGCUAUCGGGAUACUCUAAGGGGUAUGGGUACAAGAUGGGGCAGACCUUCACAGGGGACUCUGACCAUGCCUGGAAUGCUGUCUACCUUGAUGGAAGGUGGCAUUUACUUGAUAGCACCUGGGGAAGUGGUGCUGUUGAUGAUUCUUUCACCAAGUUCACCUUCAGGUACAAUGAGUUUUAUUUUCUGACUCACCCGGCUCUGUUCAUUAACAAUCACUUCCCAGAUAACAGUAACUGGCAGCUUCUUAAACCAACCCUGACGCUGAAAGAUUUUGAGAACAACAUGCUGCACAACAGUAAUUUUUACAUGUUGGGCCUGCUGACUGCACACCCGGAGACAGCUGUCAUCCACACAGUAAAUGGAAAAGCCUCUGUAUCAGUGGAUUGCCGUUCUGCCACAUUAUUUACGUUUAAGCUGAAGGGAACAGAUGAACAUGGUUUAAUGACUUUGAAAAAACACGGAAUGAAGCUGGAUAUCUACCCACAGAAAACAGGGAGUCACAAGCUUCAGAUCUUUGCCAAGCCCUCCAAAGCCUCAGAAGAGGUCUACAACUGCGUGUUAGAAUAUGUUGUAGAGUGCAAGUCUGUGGACAAGGCCAUGCGUUUCCCAAAGGACCUGCAUCAGCCUGUUGGACCAAGCUGGUUCACGGAGCGGCAAGGGUUCCUGAGGCCAUCACACCCCGACCCCAUCAUUCACACCAACGACGGGCGGUGUUCUGUCACCUUCACCCUGGGCAAAGACAUAAGCGUCUUAGCCUCACUGCACUCCGAUAACAGCAGCCUGACAGAGGAUAUGAGAAGGCGGCACAUCAUGCAAAUCCACCGUGGGAACCAAAUUGAGUUGAAGAUCCAUCUCCCCCACGCAGGGAACUUUGUUCUGAAAAUCUAUGCCAAGAAGAAGUCAGAUCCUGGCAAUUACGACUACAUCUUCAACUACCUCAUCACUUGCCUGAACACUGAAGUGAAGCGGCCAGCUUUCCCUCAGAGUUACAGCAAGUGGGCAGAAGACUAUGAAAUACUGGAGCCGCUCUCCGGCUUGCUGCCAGCGAAUCGCAACGUUCAGUUUAAACUCAAAAUGCAUGGGAUAGCAAAGGUGCUAGUUCAAGCUGAGAACACUUACCCUCUCACUCAGAGCAGAGGCUACUGGGAGGGAACCUGCAACACUUCGGGAUGCAGAGAGGUGUUUGUGAUGGUGCACGAGAAUGCUAACCACAGCUUUUACUCACAUGUCCUGAAAUACGAAGUUGAGACCCAGUAACGCCCCCUCCUUGUUCUUUCACUCACCUGCAUGAACCAACAUUUCCAAUGUGCCCAAAACCAAUACAGCUUUAGGAGAUUGCUCAUUCUCUCGAUCAAAUCUGUUCUUUCAACGAAUGCAGGACAACACUUGCAGGCUUUUGCAAGACCACAGGCUCAAAGAAAUUCAAAGAAGCAGAAAAGCCUGUUAAGAAAGGAGCAGCAGUGGAAGAAAUUAAAUAAAACCCUCGCCUAUGUUUCAGUAAUACUGUCCAACAUUUUGAAGAAAACAACUGACUCUGGCCAUAGGUCAUUCUGUGCCAGCAGUGAUUGCUGGUUUCCAAGUUAUGGACCAUAAGAAAAGUCUUACAAUGGCUACUCCAAGAAGAAUCCACCUAGUUAUGGGGCAGAAUGAAGAAGGUACACCCUGGUUUUGAGCAGCAAUAUUGGACACGAGGAACUUCAGGAUAUUUAAACCGAGUUUCUGUAUGUCUUUAGUCAAGUUGCAAAAUACAUCCCAGGAGAGAGAAGUGUUAGGAAGAAGAUACAACGUGAAGUUUUCUCGUGCACUUCAUUGUCUUACAAAUUUAAGUGAUACUGCGAAAUUACUUUUUACACUGACUCUUAAAUACAAUAAACAAAAUCAUUUUUACCUUUUUAUAUUAGAGUAUUUGAAUUGUAAACACUUUUUCUGCAAUAUUAACACUGUAAUCAUAUCUCAAGCAUAUAGGUGUUUCCAUAACUAAAACUACAGUAAAAUGGAGAAUAAAGUUCUCAAAAACCACUCCUUACUUGUCUAUGCAAUACUGCAACUAAAAAACUUAAGGGGUUAUGUGGAAUAGCAGGCUGAGUGAUAUUAUUAUCCUGUAAAAAACUAUUUGGUGCUGUACUCUUGGAAAACCCCCACAUGCACAAGACAAAGGUGGUCUUCUUGUGAAUCUCACCACAAAUACACGUCAUAAGAUCAAGCAACAUUUUCAUAAACGAUUCAGAUGUCCGUAAGUGUUAGCAUGACCCGAGAGAUAUUAUGUUUGAACUUGAAUUUAAAAUAAACCUGUUAUGU